AUGUAUAAAUUAAGUGACCCAUUUAAUUAUAAAAAUGAUAGUAAUUAUGCAAAUAAUAAACCAAAUGAAUUUUGGGAUGAAGUUGCAAAAAAAAAUAUUUAUUGGGAUAAAAUUUAUGAUAAAGUCUACAGUGGUGAUGAAAUUUAUCCUGAUUGGUUCCAAGGAGGUAAAUUUAAUUCAUGUUAUAAUGUUUUGGAUAUAAAUGUUAAUAAUCCAUUAAAAAGGGAUCAAGUGGCAAUAAUUUAUGAAUGUCCAUAUUUAAAAAAAACAAUAGAAUUGACUUAUAAUCAACUAUUUGAAAAAGUAUGUGAAUUUUCAAGAGUACUUUUAAAUUUAAAUAUUACAAAAGAUGACAAUGUUUUAAUUUGUAUGGCACCAACAUUAGAACCAAUUAUUGCAAUGUUAUCAUGCGCUCGUAUUGGUGCAACUCAUUGUGUAAUAUAUGAUAGCUAUAGUAUAAAUACAUUGGUCGGUAUAAUUGAAGAAAUAACACCUAAAUUAAUAUUAUCAUCAAAUUUUACUAUUAUUAAUGAUACAGUUGUAGAGUUUACAACAAAUUUAAAAAAUGCAAUUGAAAUAUCAAAAUUUAAACCAAAUCAUGUAAUUACUGAUUUUAGAAAUCAUGAUAGAAAUUUUAAUGAAUCUGAUUUAAAAUUCAUUCAAAACAUUAAACCAAUUCCAAAUUGUUUAAAUUGGGAUAAUGAAAUUAAUAAAAUCAAAGAAAAUCAACAGAAACCAUUUUAUGAAUAUGUACCAGUAGAUUCAAAUCACCCAUUAUAUAUUCUUCAUACAAGUGGAACAACAGGAAUUGCAAAAUCAAUUGUUAGAAGUAAUGGUUCAAUAGUUUGUUUAAAAUACAAUUAUAGUACAAUGAUUAUAAAAAACCUAGUUCUAAGAUUCCAUUCUCAUUAUAAAAUUGGUGGUUUAUUAUUUCAUGGUUUUCUAUAUGGAUAUUUAUCAAAUGGUCAAACAAUUGUUUUAGGUGAGAUUGGUGAAACAAACUUUUGGAAUACAUUGGAAAAACAUAAAAUUUCAAUAUCUUUUGUAUGUCCAAGAAAAAUUAAACGCCAAAUUAAUACUGAUCCUAAUGCUGAGAAUUUGAAAUCAAAAUAUAAUUUAUCAAAUUUAAGGGUAUUAUGUUUUGGAGGGGAACCUACUGAUCCAUCAUUAUCAGAUUACAUUGAAAAUAAAAUUAAAGUAAAAUGUUCAAGAGGAUAUGGUCAAACUGAAAUUGGAAUAACAUAUAUUUUAGGCUAUGGUCAUCCCAAUAUCCCAUAUUCUGCUUGUGGUGUACCUGCGGUUUUCAUAAAACCAGUAAUACUAUCACCUGUAGAUGGUAAAGAAUUAAGUGAAAAUGAAAUUGGUGAAAUUUCAUUUAAAUUACCAAUGCCACCAAGUUUUGCAACUACAUUUUAUAAAAAAGAUGAAAAAUUUAAACAAUUGUUUAGCAAAUAUAAAGGUUAUUAUAAUUCUGGUGAUUUAGGAUUUAAAGAUAAUAAUGGAUAUUUUAGUGUAAUUUCAAGAAUAGAAGAUCAAUUAACUUUAAAUGAUGGAAAAUCAAUUAUAUUAAAUAAAAUUGAAAGUUCAAUUUUAAAACAUCCAUUAGUUUUAGAAUGUUGUUCAUUUGCUCUUGAAAAUUUAAAUCAAUUAGUUGCAUUAUUGGUUUUAAAAAAUGCUGAUGAUCAUCAUCAUAUUGAUAUGAAUCAUCUAAAAAAUGAAAUUAAUUUAAUAAUUUCAAAUGAUUUUAAUCCAUCUACUUCUUUAAGUAAAAUUAUAAUUAUUCCUGAAUUACCAAUAUCAAUUAAUGGGAAAAUUAUAAGAUCUGUCAUAUCAAAAUUUAUAAAUAAUUCAAAUUAUCAAUUACCUGAAAAUAUUGGUGAUUUGAAAUUAUUUUAUAACAUCAAGAAUUUAUGUAAACAAUAA